AUGAUCUGCUUUUCAGAUAAUACCAUCCAGUCGAUUUUCUGCUGUUGCUGUUCCGUGCAGAAGCGACAAGUGAGGACACAAAUAAGCCUUAGCAAAGAUGAAGAACUUUCAGAAAAAUACACGCAGCGUCGCAGACCAUGGUUCAGUGAAUUGCCAAGUAAGAAGCAAUCCAACAGGGGCCGAGUGCAGCCAUCAAAACGCAAGCCGCUGCCUCCCCUCCCAGCCUCUGAGUUUGCUGAAGAGAAGAUCCAAGUCAAGGCACUGUAUGAUUUCCUGCCCAGAGAGCCCUGUGAUUUAGCCUUAAAGAGGGCAGAGGAAUACCUGAUCUUGGAGAAGUGUAAUCCUCACUGGUGGAAGGCAAGAGACCGCUUGGGGAAUGAAGGCUUAAUUCCAAGCAACUAUGUGACUGAAAACAAACCAACCAACUUAGAAAUAUAUGAGUGGUACCAUAGAAAUAUCACCAGAAAUCAGGCAGAACGUCUCUUGAGACAAGAGUCUAAAGAAGGUGCAUUUAUUGUCAGAGAUUCAAGACAUUUGGGAUCCUACACCAUUUCUGUGUUUAUAAGAGCUGGGAGAAGUAUGGAGGCUACCAUCAAACAUUAUCAGAUUAAAAGGAAUGACUCAGGACAGUGGUACGUGGCUGAAAGACACCUCUUUCAAUCAAUCCCCGAGCUGAUCUGGUAUCACCAGCACAAUGCAGCUGGGCUCAUGUCCCGUCUCCGCCACCCAGUUGGGCUGAUGGGCAGUUGUUUGCCGGCCACAGCUGGUUUUAGCUAUGAAAAGUGGGAGAUAGAUCCAUCUGAGUUGGCUUUUGUAAAGGAGAUUGGAAGCGGCCAGUUUGGAGUGGUCUAUUUAGGCCAAUGGCGAGCACAUGUCCAGGUAGCUAUCAAGGCCAUCAGUGAAGGCUCCAUGUCUGAAGAGGAUUUCAUUGAAGAGGCUAAAGUGAUGAUGAAGUUAUCUCAUUCAAGGCUCGUUCAGCUUUAUGGAGUGUGUAUACAGCAGAAGCCUCUUUAUAUUGUGACGGAGUUUAUGGAAAAUGGCUGCCUGCUUAACUAUCUCAGAGAGAGGAAAGGAAAACUUAGGAAGGAGAUGCUACUGAGUGCAUGUCAAGAUAUCUGUGAAGGAAUGGAGUAUCUGGAGAGAAACUGCUUUAUCCACAGGGAUUUAGCCGCGAGGAAUUGUUUGGUCAGUUCUACAAGUAUAGUAAAAAUUUCGGACUUUGGAAUGACAAGGUACGUUUUGGAUGAUGAAUAUAUCAGUUCUUCUGGAGCCAAGUUCCCAGUCAAGUGGUCCCCUCCUGAAGUUUUCCAUUUCAAUAAGUAUAGCAGCAAAUCUGAUGUGUGGUCAUUUGGAGUUUUGAUGUGGGAAGUUUUUACAGAAGGAAAAAUGCCUUUUGAAAAUAAGUCAAAUUUGCAAGUUGUGGAAGCGAUUUCUAAAGGCUUCAGGCUGUACCGACCUCACCUGGCACCGAUUUCCAUAUAUGAAGUCAUGUACAGCUGCUGGCAUGAGAAACCUAAAGGCCGCCCGACGUUUGCUGAGCUGCUGCAGGUUCUCACAGAGAUUGCAGAAACCUGGUGA